ACAAAUCAUGGUACUCACCGUUCCAUCUGACUCAUGGGUUUCGGUUAUAUUUAAAUAUUUUAAAUAGAAUGAACAUAGAGAUAUGUUGGGAUUUAUGGAUUGUAAAUUCCAUUCUUCUGCUUCCGAUGCUUUCGCUGACAGUGGAAUCUAUGUUGAAAUGUGAACUGGGCGUUACCUCAGUUAUGGAGUAGGCAAAGGUGGAGAGCAUUUCUCUGUUCAGCACAUUCUCGGCCUUACAUCCCCUUGACUCUCCUGUCUCCGAGGUGCUGAGAGGUGCCACUGGACAUCAUGGUUGUCAUGAGAGAGGGUGAUCAUGUGUGGCUCGAAACGAACGCAGGCGGAGAGUUCAACGCAGCAAUUGGAGCUGUGGUGAAGCUGAUGAGGUCUGGCAAGGUUCUCCUGUUGGAUGACGAGGGGAAGGAGCAGUGGGUUGGUGCCUCAAACAUUAACAGCGUGCGCCCCAUGCACCCUACCUCAGUGAAAGCAGUGGAUGACAUGAUCCAGAUCGGAGAUUUGAAUGAAGCUGGGAUUUUGCGCAACCUACUCAUCCGGUAUCGGGAGAACAUCAUUUAUACCUACAGUGGCUCCAUCCUGGUCGCCCUGAACCCCUACCAGCUGCUCCCGUACUACACCAUCGAGCAGAUCAAUCUCUAUACCAAUAGGCGGAUUGGAGAGCUGCCCCCUCACAUCUUCGCCAUCGCUGACAACUGCUACUUCAACCUGAGGAAGAGUAAGAAAGACCAAUGCUGCAUUAUCAGCGGGGAGUCGGGAGCUGGGAAGACCGAGAGUGCGAAGCUAAUCCUGCAGUUUCUGGCUGCAGUCAGUGGGCAGCACCUGUGGAUCGAGCAGCAGAUUCUGGAGGCGACCCCAAUUCUGGAAGCUUUUGGAAAUGCAAAAACUGUAAAAAAUGACAAUUCCAGCCGCUUUGGAAAAUAUAUUGAAAUCUACUUCAACGAUGAUGGAAUCAUUGAGGGAGCAAAGAUUGAGCAGUAUUUGUUGGAGAAAUCCCGUGUUUGUCGAUUGGGUGCAGAUGAGAGAAACUAUCACAUUUUCUACAGUAUACUGAUGGGGAUGAACACAGAGCAGAAGAAGCUCCUCAGUUUAGGCACAGCACAUGAGUAUGACUACCUGACGAUGGGUAACUGUACGAGUACUGAUGGACAUGAUGAUGUCAGAAACUACGCCAAUAUUUGCUCAGCUAUGAAAAUCCUGACAUUCUCAGACAGUGAACAGUGGGAUAUCAACAAGCUAUUGGCUGCUAUUUUGCACUUGGGAAAUCUGCAUUUUCAAGCUACUGUAUAUGACAACUUGGACUGCUGUGAGCUUUUGGAAUCCAAUCACCUCUCCAUGGCCACAAAGUUACUCGAGGUAAACCCACUUGAGCUGAAGAAUGCAUUGACUCACAGGUCCAUCAUGAUCAGAGGAGAGAGUGUCACCACUCCAGUGAGCAAGACACAGGCAGUGGCUAGUAGGGACGCAUUGGUGAAGGGAAUAUACGACCUCCUGUUUGUGUGGAUCGUCAAAAAGAUUAACAUCGUCAUCAACACACCCACGACCACAGAUCCCGAAAAGGUUUUCAGUUCAAUUGGAUUGUUGGACAUCUUUGGUUUCGAGAACUUUGAUUCAAACAGCUUUGAGCAACUGUGCAUUAACUUCGCCAAUGAGCACUUGCAGCAGUUCUUCGUAAGGUGCAUCUUCAAAGAGGAGCAAAAGGAAUACGUUCAGGAGAACAUCGACUGGCAGCACGUGGAUUUCAUCGACAACCAGAGGACUUUGGAUGUUCUUGCAGUCAAACCGAUGAACAUCAUCUCACUGAUUGAUGAGGAGAGUAAGUUCCCAAAGGGCACUGACACAACAUUGUUAACAAAGUUGAAUAAUCACCACAGCAAGAGUAUGGUCUACAUCCCUCCGAUGAGCUCUCAUGGGACUUUGUUUGGCAUCGCUCACUUUGCAGGAGUGGUUCAUUAUGAGGUGAAAGACUUCCUGGAGAAGAACAGAGAUCAGCUGAGCUCCAGCAUCAUCCAGGUCGUGCAAACCUCUAAGAACAAAUUUCUCAAACUCAUCUUCCAGAACAGUUUUGGACCAGUCCUGGGAAGGCCACAGGACCUUAGGCAACUUGUACCUGGAGGUUCCACCAAGAAAACCAACAGCCAGAAACAGUUCUCAACACUCAGCCGACAGUUCAAACAGUCGCUGGAUAGCCUCAUGAAAACCCUGAAUGCCCGAGAUCCCUUCUUCAUCCGCUGCAUCAAACCCAAUGAGUACAAAAAACCCUUGCUCUUUGACCGGGAAUUGUGCAUCAAGCAACUGCGGUAUUCUGGAAUGCGGGAGACCAUUCGCAUCCGCCAGUCAGGCUAUCCCAUUCGCUUCACCUUCAUGAAGUUUGUGCAAGAAUACAAAAUCCUAUUGAGACCAGUGCCUCAGCAAGUGAAAGAAGACGCUGCGCACUUGUGUUGCAAAGAAAUUGCCAAAUCCAUGCUCGGAACCGAUGGAGACUGGAAGAUUGGGAGGACGAAGAUCUUCCUCAAGGAGAAUGACCACUUGAUCCUGGUGCUUGAGCGAGACAGGGUCUUGACAGCGAAAGCCAUGCUGAUUCUGAAAGUUUUGCGUGGGUUCAAAGACAGAAAGACCUUUUUGAGACUGAAGUCUGCGGCUCGCACAAUCCAGAAUGAGUGGAGAGGAUACCAGUGUCGCAAGAGAUACCAAAAGCUGAGGCUCGGUCUCCAAAGGCUACAGGCCCUGUACCACGCCCGUAAGAUGGGGAAGGAAUACAACGAGACUCGCAGGAAGAUCAUCAUGUUCCAGGCACAGUGCCGGGGCUACCUGGUGCGCCAGAACAACUUCAAACGGCUGGCCGCUCUGACCACUAUCCAGGCCUAUACCAGGGGGCUGCUGAUUCGGAAGAGCUACCGGAAAAAGAGGAGAGAUAUUCAGAGACGUGUCGAGGCUGAUAAACUCCGUUUUGCGGAGGAGCGGCGCAUGGUGAAGGUGGUGAGUCUCGAUCUGGCCAAACACGAGGCUGACAAGAAGAAGUCGGAACAUCUGUCUCGCAUGGCCAAACUGGACAUGGAAAAUGAGAGGCGCCAGAGGGAGGAAUACUUGAAGAGGAAGCAGAAGAUGAAGAUUGAGGACCUCGAUGAGCUGGAUAUGGUGGACAAUAUCUUCUCCUUUUUGCCUAAGGUCCUAGCAGGUCAGGAAGGCCAGGGGCCUCGGGGAUUUGAGGGCGUGGAAGUGAAACCGCAGAAACUGGAGGAGUUUGAUUUGGACGACAUCUCUGUCCCCUCUGAGUCUGAUGAAGAGGACGAUCUUACCCAGUACACCUUCCCGAAAUACGCUGCUACAUACUUCCAGGGCUCUGCGACCCACACGCACAUUCAAAAAGCUCUCCGGCAUCCCCUGCUCUACCAUGAUGAUGAAGUUGAUAUUGCGGCUUCUUUGGCAGUCUGGAAUAUUAUUCUGAGGUUCAUGGGUGAUCUGCAAGAGCCCAAGACUUUUACUCAGAACGAUAGGACACACAACAGCCCCAGCGGUACAGAGAUUUAUGACUCCCAGGUCAAGGGGUCUAAGGAGCACUUGGACAUGAAUCAGCCUGUGGGUCAGGGUCCACAGCAUCAAGCGCAUGGACAGGAUGUGUAUUCGGGUGAGAACGCUAUCACGAGUAGACCGAUGUCAAACCUGGAGAAACUCCACUUCAUCAUCGGGAAUGCCAUUGCCCGACCUAACAUCAGGGAUGAGAUCUACUGUCAGAUCUGUAAACAGCUGACGGCCUGCUCUAACAAGAAUGUUAGCACCAGAGGAUGGAUUCUGCUGUGUCUUUGCAUUGGCUGCUUCCCACCCACUGAUGGAUUUAUAAAGUAUUUGCAUAAUUUCAUUCACAAUGGGCCUGAGGGAUACAUUGCGUACUGUGCUGAACGUCUGAAACGCACCUUUGCGAAUGGGGCUCGGAAGCAGGCACCGAGUUACCUGGAGCUGGAGGCAACGAAACAUAAAGGCCCCAUCAAGGUGAUGGUGACCCUGAUGAGUGGAUUGAACUACUUGAUCUCCAUUGAUUCAGCGACUACAGCCAGUGAACUUUGUAAAACAAUCACAAACAAGAUUCAACUCAAGGACUCCUUUGGGUUCUCCAUUUACAUUGCACUGUAUGACUCUGUCUCCUCUCUUGGGAGUGGCAGUGAACACGUGCUGGAUGCCAUCUCCCUGUGUGAGCAGUAUGUGAAGAGGCAAGGUGGGCAUGAACGCCACGCGCCGUGGCACCUCCUUUAUCGAAAAGAGAUCUUCACUCCUUGGCACAACAGCAGUGAGGACCCCAUCAGCACAGAUCUCAUCUACCAGCAGGGCAUCCGAGGGAUCCAAUUCGGGGAAUAUCGCUGUGAGAAGGAGGAAGAGCUGGUGGAAAUUGCUGCUAAACAUUACUGCAUGAAAUUUGGAGCAAGUUCUGACCCUAAUAAAGCCCUGGAAGUCGUCAAUGUCUGUAUCCCCGAAAAACUCCGCAAGGGCAAACCCCCUGAGAAAUGGUGCCAGCUGAUCACAGGAAAGGUCAAGGAUUUGUUUGUCAACGAGAAGCCCAAUGCUCUCAAUCUGAAAGAACAUCUUGUCGAUUUUGCUCGGAUAAAAUGGUCUCAUAUGUUCUCCAAGUUUUUUGAAGCUGCAAUAUUUUCAGGGCCCAUUUUACCAAAAAACCUGCUGGUGUUGGUGGCAGUGAACAGCGUCGGCAUCAGCUUUGUGGACAAGAGCGAGAAAAUCCUUAUAAAAUGGUCAUACGCCGAAAUUACUGGAAUAAACACCAACAGGGCUUCAAAGCUGUACGGCCAGACCGUGACAGUGGCCACCCUGCAGGGCCAGGAAUACACACUGGCCAGCAGACAUGCUGCCGAAAUAGCUGACCUGAUUAUCCUGUUUCUGAAUGGCCUGAAGAGGAGGUCGGAGUACGCGAUUGCAUUACACAGCAGCUCCAGACAAGUUGAUCCUAUAUUCCUCAAAUAUGAGCAGGGUGAUUUGAUAAAAUUGAUGAGAGAUAAGGAAAUCACUGAAGACAACGGCUGGAUUCAAGGGCAGAAUGAAUGCAGCGGGAAGACGGGGAGUCUGCCACUGGAUUCCGUUUAUAUCAUUCCUACUCUUGUGAAGCCUUCAUCAGAGGUGAUGAAGUUGAUCCUCAUGUCACCUGACCAGCGACGCCAGGCAUCCCAGAAUGCCCUUGCCGAGGCGAAGGAGGUGAAGACCAAGGUCAAAGCAUACACGCUGGAGGAGUUUUCCUACGAUCACUUCAGACCCCCUGCAAAAGAAUCGAUGAACAGAAUGGUACUUGCGAGGGCUCAUGGAAAGGACCGGAUGUGGGCAUGCUCGAGGGAACCUCUCCGACAGCCCUUACUGAAGAAGGUGUGUUCAAACCCAGACAUGGUGGUGCUGGCCUGUCACGCUUUCUUGGCCAUAAUGAAGUACAUGGGUGAUUACCCAGGCAGGCGAGCGAAGCCUGGCACUGAGCUCACCGACGUGAUAUUCUCAGGAGCCCUACAGGAGGAGUUACUGCAGGAUGAAAUCUAUUGUCAGAUUGUGAAGCAGCUGACUGACAAUACAAACAGCUACAGUGUGGAGAAUGGUUGGCAGCUCCUGUGGCUUUGUACGGGCUUGUUCCCACCCAGCAAGGUGCUGCUUCCUCACCUGAAGAGGUUCCUUGAGACCCAGCCAGCAGAGAUCCUGGCAGCAGACUGCAUCCAGAGAUUGAACAAGGUGCAAAGAUGUGGAGCUCGGAAGAAUCUCCCCCACCAGCUGGAGAUCGAGGCUAUUCAGUGUCAGAGCACAAAGAUCCUGCACAAAAUCUACUUCCCUGACAACACUGAUGAGGCAUUUGAGAUCUUCACCAGCACCAAAGCCAAGGAUCUGUGUGAAAAUAUCACUCAGCGUUUAAAUCUCAGCUCUGCUGAAGGCCUCAGUCUCUUCAUUCAGAUAGGGGACAAGGUCGUCAGCUUCCCUGAAGGACAUUUCUUCUUCGAUUAUGUGAGGCAGAUGACAGACUGGCUCAAGAAAGAGAAGCCAAUGAAGGCUGGUAUGGCUGUGUCAGUGACAUACAAGGUGCUGUUCAUGAGAAAACUGUGGAUCAAUGUCGUUCCUGGCAGAGACCUCAAAGCAGAUGUCAUCUUCCACUUCCCACAGGAGCUGCCGAAGUAUUUGCGAGGCUACCACGAGUGCACAAAGGAAGAUGCCAUCCACAUCGCUGCCUUCCUUUACAGAGCAAGGUUUGGUGACGACAAGUCCCAGUUCGCCCACAUUCCCAAAAUGCUGAAAGACCUUGUGCCCCAGGACAUGGUUCGGAUAAUGUCGCCGGAGGAAUGGAAGAAGUCAAUUGUGGCCAUGUGUAACAGACACACAGGGAAGACCGUCGAUGAAAUCAAGCUGGCAUUCCUCAAGCAGCUGAGCCGCUGGGCAACUUUUGGAUCGGCCUUUUUCGAAGUGAAGCAAACAUCUGAGCCCAGUUUUCCAGAUAUUGUCCGGAUCGCCAUCAACAGACAAGGAGUGACACUGAUCAACCCACGAACAAAGGCAGCUUUAGUGACUCAUCCCUUCAACAAGAUCUCCAACUGGUGCAGCGGCAGUACGUACUUCCACAUGUCUGUUGGCAGUCUGGUCCGAGGAGGGAAGCUGCUCUGUGAGACCUCAUUGGGUUACAAGAUGGAUGACCUUCUGACGUCAUAUGUCCGUGCCUACCAAGCUACAGUGAAGCAGAAACCAGCUCGACACCUCACCUGACCUGAUCAAUGUUGAUGGAUGUCAUACUCUGCCAGCAGAUUCUUACAACUUUCUCUCUCUGCCACCCCUCUGACUUUCCAUUUUCCAACACAUGAACACACUCAUGUCCCUUUUAACUGGAGUGAUAAAGGUCUAGUGUUAUUAUCACCAAACUGUAACUCCAGAGAUCCAGGUAAUGGUUUGAGGUCAUCGGUUCAAAUCCCACCACAGCAGAUGCUGGAAUUUGAAUUGUAUUUUAGUACCUCACCGUUAAAAGGGUGGAGAGGUUUGCAAGUGCAACAGGACUGAUUUUUUCUCUCCGUGUCAAUAAAAGUCAGAGCUUGGAGUUGAAAGUGGCACUCUCUAUAUCUCUCAGUGAAAAUUCAAAUAUCAGGACACCUGACUGUGUCUCUCAAAUGAAUUUGAAAUCUCAUCUGAAUAUGUUCUGCAACUGCAAUUAAUCUGCAACUGUCAGCAACCGGAUCCCUAUCCAUGGAGAUUUAAAGGAAAUGGUAACGCCAACCCGAUUUUGUUGUUUAAAUUUAUUCUUGGCUGACAGAGUUUUUGCUUUUAUUCCUUUUUCACUUUUCUCACACCCCUAAUCACACUGCAGUCAUGCAUGUCUUUGUCGUGUGUGUGUGUGUGUGUGUGUGUGUGUGUGUGUGUGUGUGUGUAAGUAAAUGUAUGCAAGUUUGAGAUUAGGUUUAUUUGACAGCUUUAAUUUUGAAUGUUGUUGAAA